UGUCGACUGUACUUAUAGUACACUACAGACUAUAAGUCUUAGGAGACAAGCAAAUCCUUGACUCGCUCCUCAUACAUUUUCUGAAUCCGUUGGUUAAAACUCCUUGGAAAAUGUGGGAAAUGUGGAAGUGGGAUAAUCGCUGGUUAUAACUCAAUAAAAAAUUAGGUACCUUGAUUUUAUAACAGUUCAAGAAGGUAUGGUACUGGAAACUAUUUUCCCUGAACGCCAUUUCGAACAGUUUUUAUGUCAUCAAAAACUGAAGAUCCUGAUGGAACUGAAGUGUUUUGUGAAGUGAAGUGCGAGUUAGAUGAGAAUGUGUCGGAAGCAAACAGUGCUCAAGUUGAAUUGUGCGAGAACGUGGACUACCCUAGAAGAAAUGGGCUAUUCUCCAUAACCGAGAACUUAAAGAUGUAUAGAAUACAAGGACGCCAUAGGGACCUAGAUUGCAACCGAUUUCACCCUAUAUCACUGGCGCCCUUGCCUUCUUAAGCUUUGCCGCUGCAUAAAGGAACAGAAAAAAACCAAAGCUGUUGAUGGAGGCGGCUUUCAGCUUUCCGCACAGAGUCAAGACCCUUUAGGUCCUAGGUUAAAUACGCCUCUGACUUAUAUGUAAGUUAUCACCGGACAUGAUAUUACAGGGUGGCGCAUCCAAAACGAAACAGAAGCAUUUACUGGCAGCU